AUGGAGAAAGCUUAUUUCCUCUUCCUUGUAGCCUUGGUCGCAAGCCUAGCCGCAGCUUCCUCAAGUACCACUAACGUUGUUGCCCAUAACAACACCCGUGAUCAUGAUCUAGACGCUCUUCUUGCCUUCAAGGCUGCCAUUUCCGACCCCCAAAACAUCCUCCCAAUCAAUUGGUCCACUUCUACCUCUGUUUGUAAUUGGAUAGGAAUCACUUGUAACACUCGCCAUCGAAGAGUCGCCGCCAUACAACUUCCCAAAAUGGGCUUAGUUGGAACCAUACCUCCACAGUUGGGGAAUCUCUCCUCCUUAGUCUGGCUGGAUCUUGAAAACAAUAGCUUCCAUGGUAAUCUUCCAACUCAGAUGGUUCAUUUGCGUCGACUCAAGCACAUUAACUUGGCAUUCAAUAGCUUUGAUGGCGGAUUUCCAUCAUGGUUGGGAGCUUUAUCUCAACUUCGUUACCUUUCGGUCCUUGGUAACAGAAUUUCAGGUUCAUUGCCAACAACGUUCUCUAAUGUAACAAUGUUAGAGACCAUCAGGUUAGGUCGGAACCUCAUAACUGGAAAUCUGCUUCAAGACUGGAGUGCUUUACAGAACUUGGAGGUUCUUGGCAUGGCAAAUAAUAAACUUGAAGGCCCUUUGCCUCGAUCUUUAUUUAACCUCUCGUCAUUGCAGCACUUUAGUUUUUCGAAUAAUAGCUUAUCCGGUUACCUUCCGGCAGGUAUCUGCGAUCAUCUGCCACAACUCCAAGGGAUUUAUCUGUCAAUAAAUGAGUUUAACGGCGAAGUUCCGGCUGGUAUUGGAGGUUGUCCGAGGCUUCAAAUCUUGUCCUUGUCAUAUAAUAAUCUGGCAGGAAAUAUACCAAAAGAAAUUUGGAAUCUAACCACGCUUAGGGUGCUAGCUCUAGGUGCAAACCGUCAAAUUCCAGCAGAUAUUGGAAAUCUCACUAAUUUGGAACAGCUAGGCAUAGAGUACGCUAAUCUGACAGGUGUUAUACCUCGUGGGAUUGGUAACCUUUACAAAUUGGAGUUACUAUACUUGGGCCAAAAUAAGUUAAGAGAUCCCAUCCCACAUGAGCUAUUCAACAUUUCAACUCUUAGAGAACUUUCCAUACCAACCAAUGAUUUUAGUGGCAUUCUUCCGCCGACUUUGGGUGUUACUUUACCCAAUCUUGAGAUACUUUAUCUUGGGGCAAACAGAUUCACUGGAAUUAUAUUACCAACUCUCUCAAAUGCCUCUAGAUUGAAGUCUCUAGACUUGUCAGAGAAUAAAUUUUUUGGUGAAAUUCCUCAUUCUCUUGGUAGCCUAAGAUUCCUAGAAGUUUUGUCUCUUUCAAGAAACAAUUUUACUCUAUCUGGAGAUAUGGCCUUCUUCAGUUCUUUAGGAAAUUGCAGAUAUUUGAGAAAGUUGUUGCUAAAUGAAAAUCCACUGAAUGGCAAUCUUCCAGUGUCUAUUGGAAAUCUUUCCAACUCUCUUGACUCAAUUAAUAUGUUUCAUUGUGGAAUUGGAGGUGAAAUUCCAAGGUCACUAGGCAACUUGAGCAACAUGGAGUUGCUAAACUUGGCAAGCAAUGGUUUGACAGGAAUAAUUCCGAGUUCCAUCUCAGGUUUAAGACAACUUCAGCGGAUAAGUUUUGAAGAUAACAAAAUACAAGGACCAAUUCCAAGUGAGUUUUGUCAUUUUCCCAACUUAGGAUACUUAAUUUUAGCAAGAAAUAGGCUGUCUGGCAAAGUGCCUGACUGCAUAGGGAGCAUCUCUUCAUUGAGAUAUCUUUAUUUGAAUUCCAACAAUCUAACGUCUAGUGUACCAACAAGCUUGUGGAGCCUUAAUGACUUGUUGGAGCUUGACUUGUCCAUCAAUUUUCUUAAUGGUUCUUUGUCCUCCCAAAUUGGAGACAUGAAGACACUGAUCAAACUGAAUCUAUCUGUGAACCAGUUUUCUGGUGACAUCCCUAGCACUAUUGGGGCACUACAGGAUUUACAGGAACUCUCCUUAGAGCAUAAUAAUCUACAAGGGUCAAUUCCAGACUCAAUCAAGACAAUGUUGGCUUUGCAGUACUUGGAUCUGUCAUUCAACAGUUUAGCUGGUGUGAUACCUAACUCUUUGGAGGUACUCUUGGAUCUUCAAUAUUUGAAUGUUUCCUACAACAAACUACAAGGACCGGUUCCUCGAGGAGGACCUUUUAUGAACUUCACCAUCCUAUCUUUUCUUGCUAAUGAAGCAUUAUGUGGUGCUCCUUGGUUCCAACCUUGUCAAACUUCUCAACAUAGAUCAAAGAAAAAGGUACUCUUGCUUGUGUUGCUGCCAAUAGGAUCUGCUGUCCUAAUCUUGGGCAUUUCACUUUUGUUGACAAAAAGGUUGGCAAGAAAGAAAACUAUGGCUCCAGCUCAUGAUUUGUUUCCAGAAACAACAUAUCAAAGGGUAUCCUACCAUGAACUUCGACGAAUAACAAAUGGUUUCAGCAAGAGUAAUUUGCUUGGAUCUGGGACGUUUGGUUCAGUUUACAAAGGGGUAUCUGCUAAUGGGGUAAUUUGGGCUAUAAAGGUAUUUGAUAUGCAGCUUGAGGGGAUAUUGAAAACUUUUGACACAGAAUGUGAAGUCUUGUGCCGCCUUCGUCAUAGAAAUUUGAUCAAAGUAAUCAGUGCUUGUUCUAAUCCGGACUUUAAAGCUUUGGUACUAGAAUUCAUGCCUAAUGGAAGCCUGGAGAAAUGGCUUCAUCUUGACCACCAUGUCCUGAGUAUCAUGCAAAGAUUGGACAUCAUGAUUGAUGUGGCUCGUGGGUUGGAAUAUCUUCAUUAUGGGUAUUCAUUUCCCAUAAUUCAUUGUGAUUUGAAGCCUAGUAACAUUUUACUAGAUGAAGAUAUGGUAGCUCAUGUUAGUGACUUUGGGAUUGCUAAAUUGUUGGGAGGUGGAGAAAGCCAUGUACAGACAAAAACCCUGGCAACAAUAGGGUACAUCGCUCCAGAGCAUGGACUAGAAGGACCGGUGUCAACUAGGUGCGAUGUAUACAGUUUUGGCAUUACCAUGAUUGAAGCAUUCACUGGAAAGCGACCAAAGGAUGAGAUGUUCACAGAAGAGCUAAGCAUAAGGCGUUGGAUUCAGGAAUCAUUACCAAGUUCCGUAGAUAAAGUUGUUGAUGUGAAAUUACUUCAUCCAAAAGAAGAACAAGCCAAUGAAAACAUGGCUUGUGUAUUAUCUAUCUUGCAGCUUGCUUUAAGUUGCACUUCAGAUGUCCCAGAGAAUAGGAUCAUCAUAAAAGAUGCCCUCACAACACUUGAGAAGAUCAAAACUCAGUUUUUACAGAGAAACAAGAUUGGCUGA